CUAGCCUAACUAGCUAGCCACUGACUACGAGUUGAGUGCACUGGGUUGAAUGGACUAGAUAAACAAUUAUUGGUCUUGCUAAUGUUCACUGUUCCUGGCUAUAUUAGACUGACAAUGCAUUUGCGCACGGUUAGGGCUGCGAAGAUUACGGUUGGGCCGUUCAACCCUUUCUGGUUGUAGCUAGCUAGCUAAUGUAGCUAGAUAAUGUUAACAAGCUAGCUAGCCACACCACAGAUAGAACCAAAUGUUUCACCGGUUGUAUAAAUCUGAAGCAUCCGGUUGGCGUUUCCAUUCCACUCACCACCAGAUGGUGAUGAGAGCACGCCCAGCGGCCGACAGUGGGGGAAGAUGGAGCGAAAUGGUUCCCAGAACUCUGGGUCGUUUUAGGGGCCUGGCCCACCCUACCUUACCUCCUUGCCCGUCCAAAUCAAAUAUUGAAAUAUUGUUCAUUUGUUUGACCGAGACGCGCACCGACAGAAAGACGUAUCCGGGCGAGCGAAACAGCGCCCCUCUGUCUCAAUAUUUGUAGACCAUGUAUCUGAUGCUGUCUGGAUCAAAAGAGUAUGACAUGACACUAUUUCCGGCCAUACAGCUUCAGAUACAUGGGCUACAUAUAGAGGGGCGUUGUUUCGCUCCCUCGGCGUCGAUAAUUACCAAGUCUCAAAGUGAAAGCGAAAUAUCGUGAUCUGAUGGUCCCAUAUAUCCAGUGGAAACGUCCUAAAAAAACAGCUGUCUGUCCGGAGCUCACUGGCCCAGGAAACUGAGGGCACAGAAUAGGCACAAUGGAUCAGGACUGCAUUGUCUCUGGUGCUCCUGCUGGUCCGGUCGUCCAAGUAUGCUUCCCCAGUGUGCGUGCAGCAGUUUUGGACAGCCUGAAUGGACAGCGGGAGGAGGGCCGGCUCUGUGACCUCUCCAUCCAGGUGCAGGGACAGGUGUUCAGGGCCCACCGCUGUGUGCUGGCUGCCUCCUCGCCAUACUUUCACGAUCAGGUGUUGCUGAAGAAUGUGACGACAGUGUCUCUGCCCUCUGUCAUGGACCCUGUGGCCUUUGAGAGUGUCCUGAGUUCAGCCUACACCGGCCGACUGAGCAUAGUGCGUGAUGACAUUGUCAACUAUGUAACGGUAGCCAGCUUUCUCCAGAUGUGGCAUAUUGUUGACAAAUGCACAGAGAUCCUGAAGAGACCCCGACCCCCAACAGAAUGCAACCCUGUGGAUGUUGCAGCUGCCACACGCCAUGGUGCCUCCUCAAGGCAGCAGUCCCCAAGCAGCACCGAGUGCCUAUACAUGGAGAGAGAGGGGAAAGAGAAGGAGACGAGGACCUAUGGCCAGGUGCAGAAUGCUCUGCCGCCAUUGGCCACGUGGAGGAGGCCCCAUCAGUUCCCCAGGUGGGGCCACCCCAGGCCCUCACCCCAGCCAGCCAUGUCCAUGCCUGUCCAGCACCUAGCUGACUCACAGCUGGACUCCCACCCUGCUGGGGAGAGUGACUACUCCAGCUGUGAGGAGGUGUGGAUGUCCAGCCACAGCAAAGCCAGCCCCCUAAGCCAUCAUGAUGGGAGAGGACUGGACCAUAACCACACCAGGCACGGGGGAUUUCCUGGUGAGGCAUUGAAACUGAGAGCUAGACAGAGACAGAGGGCAGCACCACCAAGUGCUGAGAAGCUGCAUGGCAGGGAUAGAGGAAGUGGCUAUGGGGAAGAUCCUCAGGAGAAGAAGGGGACUGAAAGAGUAAUUGAAGCAAGUGAAGGAAUGGGAAAAGAGUUGGAAGAGGAGAAGAGGGAGGGUCCUGAGCUGAGAGGACACUCUGUGGACUUCCACUCUAGUGUACACCAAGGUGAGGAGGGAGGACAGCCAGAGGGGAAAAAGACCUCAGGGGAGCUACAGAAGAAAGAGGAGAGACAGUUGGGGAGAAGUUCAGCCCUGACUUCUCCCCAUGCGGAGGAACCAGAUGAGGUGAUUCCUGGACCCUCCUGCUUAGCUUCUACACCCUCUACCCAAAAGCAGUGGCAGGCGAGUCCCUGGUCUCAGCAAGUAGCUAGGCCGCAACCUGGAGAAGAAGACUACAGAAGAGAAGACGACGAGGGGGAAGUGGACUUUGACCGAUUUGCAGAUGAUGCCUUUGGAAGGGAAACCUAUGAUGAGAUUGAGGAUGGCACCGGACAAGUUUCUCAGAGACCCUUAGUACCUACCUCUCCUGAUGACAGUGACUUUAUCCUGGGGGCCCCAGGGUUGAACUGGCCCAAUGGGGCAAACAUGACCCAUGGUGGUGGUACCCCAACCUCCACCUCCAGCUGCCACCUGUCCCCAUCUCCUGCUCCAUUCCCCCCUUCCUCCUCACCCCCCAUCCCAUCUUCCUCCUCUUCCAUCUCCCUUGCCGGGGCUCCUUACACAGGAAAAGUGCACUUCUGCCACUGUGGGAAGGCCUACACCCUGAAGAGUAUGCGUGACCGCCACGUCAAGAUGCAGCAUCUCAACCUGCGGCCCUUUGCCUGCCCCGUGUGCGCCAAGAGCUUCAAGAUGAAGCACCACCUGACCAAGCACCUGAAGACUCACGGCGGGCUGCGGCCCUAUGAGUGUGGCCUGUGUGGGAAGAAGGUCAUCUGGAGGGAUAGUUUCCUGCGCCACCAGGCACGCUGUGAGAGACUGGCCGAAAGCUACGAUGGAGCCGCUGCCAGUAGUAACACCACAGCGGCUGCUGACAUGGACGAUGGUUAUGCCUAUGGGUUCAAGGAGGGGGAGGUUUUUUUUUCACAGGGCGGUCAGGUGAAAGUGGAGCAGGCAGACUGUCAGGGGGAGGCGGAGUCUGGGAUGAGUGCUUUGUUAACGGGUGGGGUUGGGGCUGAAUUAGGCUCUCAGUCAAGGACUGUGGUUAGUCACAGCUUUAAGGAGGAAGCCAGCAACAGGUUUAGCUGAAGCUAAAAGGAAGGAGGAUGGUGAAAUAUUGUGUAAUAUAGGGCCCGCAGCACUUGAAAGUGGUAUUAGGUAAGGUGAUAAUUAUGUUCAUCAUGGUCCAUGUGUAAACCAUUAACUCAGAUCAAUGUUGAUACGCCUGUUUGAACAACUUGUAUGAGGGAGAUUUCUGCGUUAUUUAUUUAAAGGACUAUCCCAUCAUGUCAUUUGAUAUCUCGAGAGAUAGGGAAGAAACAUGUAAUUUGCUCAAUGUGAAUCAUGUGGUUUUAAAAGUUUGAAGUGUGAUGUGAGCACCAGUGAGUGUGUAUAUUUUGCAUAUGAUUUUGUAUACGAGAUCUUCAGUUUCUUGCCAAUUUCUCUCAUGGAAUUGCCUUCAUUUCUCAGAACAAGAAUAGACUGACGAGUUU